CAUGUGUGGACGUGGCCCGGAAGGUGGAGAAGCAGGGGACUGGCACUUCCUCUUGGGUCACAGAGAGCUUUGGAAGGGCAGAGACAGUCUUCUGGAGCAGGAACACCGCGGUGGUUCUUUGCUAUCUAUUUUAGGCUUAAUGUCUGUAUUCGAAAGAGUCACGAGAUCUCUGGUCCAGGAGUUGGAUCCCGGAGGGGAUAUGAUUCCUGUCAAAAGUAUGGUUGAUGCUGGUGCAUUCCAAUGUGGCUAUUUGGUAAGAGGACGGAAGAGGUUCUGGGGAUGGUGCUACCACAAGACAGACCUCACCCUGGAGGACAUACUGGACAAAGAGCAAGACAAAGGACUGUUGGUUAGGCUGCUUACGAGUUUCAUAGGUGAUGAAAAGACUAAAUUCCAAGUCCAUGGUAAAAAAGGUUCAAAGCUGUCAGCAAAUUUCCCUGAAGAAGUACUUGCAGUCAAAGGCCUACGGUCCAGCAAUUGGAAAGCCACCGUAAUACAUAGGAAGAUAAUCCAGAAAUAUUUGGAUUUGCUUGUCAACAGGAGGCUGAAGCAGGAACUACCCAGUUCAUUCAAAACAAUUAGUUUAAAAGAAAAUGUGUAUCUGGUGACAGAAACUCUAGAGACGGAACAGGAGCAAACCCUAGAAGCAGAAGAGCAAUAUAAAAUUUGGAGCUCAUUACUUAAGGGCAUUAACCAUGAAAACAAGAGCCAAAACCAAAUCACCAUCCCUGCCAACAUCAUCCUGGCCUAUCGAAAGAAGCAGCUCAUCUUCAAAAAUAAUGAAAUAUCUAUUGCCUUCUGGGCUGAAGAAAAAAGAUCUUUUCAAGGAGGAAUGACUGUAAGAAGACUGCAAGCUGUUGCAAGUUUGCAGGAGCAGGUGCAGGACACAGCGAGAUGCCUCCAGGGACUGAAUGAGAAGGACCGGAAGACUAUGCUGGAUUCUAUCAGAAACUCAUGUGCCAGCAAGGAAGGGGGGCUGGCGGGUCUAGAGCAGAGAGUUUAUGAGGUCUUGAUCUCUGAUGCGACACAGACCGAGGGCCCAGAAGGUCCUCUCCUAUGCAGCCUUCAUGAUAGUGCUGGCCGCUUGGUAAAAGAACGUGCAGAAGCCUUUCUGGAACUCUUGGAUGCCUUGAUAGAGCUGCCUGAGCAAGGCAAGUAUGUGACUGAAGCAAUAGACAAUGGGACUCUGUCUUCGCUGAGGGACCAGGUGGAGUCGAUCCUCCAGGAGAACUGGGGCGAGCGGAUUAGCCAGGAUGUGACCUAUGACCCUGAGGCUCGAAUCUUCUGUGCCCUUUAUAUUGCUUCCUCUCUCCUGCUGCAGCUGAUCCCUAGUAAUAAGUCCACUUGUGUCUGUUCCUAACCCAAAGUUGGCUUGGAUUCUAUGUGUGGUCUCUGAUUAAAAGUGGCAGAUUGGGAAUAGGAA